AUGUGCAGAGGUUUUAACAGACGGGGUCAGAACAAUACGACGAAAUGCGAAAGAUACAACAUUGAAAAUACUCAAACGAUGUUCAUUUCGUGCAAGAGAGGCUUAAAUUUUUCUAGGCGUAAAAGAUUUCGGAGCAGUGACGGUGCUGCAGGCGGAACCCUGAGCUGGAACAUGGGCAAACGGUUCGAGGAUCAUACGAAGGGGGAGCUACUAUCCGGGAGUGGAGAAAAAGAGAGACUCCAGAACAGUUUGGAAGAAAUCAAAAACGAUGUAAACCUUCCAGAUGGUAUCCCCACAGUGGGAAAACCAAGCAGCCGUUUCGAAGUGAUCCAGGACAGUCACUCCUCUGUGGAGUGCACUAAAACGAUUUUAGGAAACAUUCUGCAGAGAAGCUCCAUACAUAAUUACACACAGAAUGAGGACCUGUUUAGGAUGCUAAAGGGAAUAAAAGCUCUGCUUAGCAAAUUAAAUGUGCAUGGUUAUGGAAAAGAAGACGAAGGAGGAGGGGGCGUACUAGAUGUCCAUUCUGUGUCUACAGAUGAGCGAGAUGGAAAAAGUGGAGAAGAACGAAUGAUUGAUGUGCAAAACCUGAAGAGGGGUACUGUUUCUAAGAAUAACUACCUGAACGAGUCAGGCAAUUAUUCUACAACGGAUAGACAUCAUGCCAGUGGUGAACACACUUGUACGUCUUCCCCCCCUCCGGAUGUACUAAAAAGAGAGGCAUUUAAAACGUGGGUGUUUCCACUCAAUUUGAUGCUUAUCAAGUCGUGGGUCGAAAAAAUUCUAAAAUAUGUCUGUUCAGAUGGUUCUGCUGGGAGGGAAAUCUCUAAAGACAGCAACAUCUUUGUUAAGUGCGAAAAUGUUAUCCAGAAAAGAUUGUUCUUCCAUUUGGUAUGUCUUUAUUCACGGAUUGCGACGUGGACGGAGGGACGCCAAAGGAAUGUGAUUCUAUACCUCUACGGAGAGGACGAAGAGGAGGCAGAAAAUCUCUACAGCCAUUUGAAGAACAUUUAUUCGGAAGGGUCGAUCAGCUUUUUUAAUUACAAAAAUUGCAUACAUAAUGACAGGGCGGCGUCUAUAAUUUUAUUGUCGUAUGAUGAAUUCUUCAACUUAACCCUACACGUUGCUAACAAGACGCCCUGCGAUUUGGAGAGGUACCUGAACGGAAAGGGCAGUGGUGCCUCUGGAUUUGCCAACCUGUUUUCCAUUUUUUCACAGCUGCUUGUAAGUGCGCCCCGCGGUGGGGCAACAAACUACGUCGAAGAGAAAUGCGGCAAAGAGAAGUGCUGCCGAACUCAGCACACGUUUAAAAUAUUUCUGGACGAUUUUAACGUGGCGUACAAUUAUGGCCAAAGCGUGAUAGAGAAAAAUCUUUACGAGCAUCUUUUCCCCGCGAUUGACUUGCGAAGGGGGAACGUCACAUUUUACCUCCUUAUGAGGACCGCUUUCCCCACGCUGUGGUUUAAAACUUGGCUGGAACAUGUCCACAAGGAGUGCUAUUCUGUCAAUCUGCAAAAAAGGAAAAACAUCUUCCUUUUGCACAAAAGGUUUAUUUUGCCUCUGUUAGAUGAGCAGGCAACCGCCCACUGGAGCUCCAGCAGUGUGGACAAAGGAGGCCCAAAAGAAAUCUCGCAAAGGGACAAGACAAUGAUUACCCCAAGUUUGUAUCCCCUCUUCGAUCUGGCGACAAAUAAGAAAAGAAAUUUCAGAACCCCACAGGUGGAACAAUACAUGUCCAUUUUUAACAAACACAGGAAAGAAAUUAUCGUCGAGUAUUUGAAGACGCACAACUUAUACAACAUAAAUAAGUUAAAAAGGAAAGACAAAAAAAUAAAAAGAAAAUUUAAUAUCGCCAGGCGAAAAAACAUUAUUGAUUAUGGUUAUGUGACAGAAAGGGAAUUUCUACAGGGGAGGGACAAGAUGCAGAUAUUGACAGAAGGGUUGUCUGGUUGGCUUCGAGGGGGAAGGGAACGGCCCUUCCUCCCUCAGCACUGUGGGGAUGCACCCUCGGCAGGAAGAGCUCCUGGUGAUGGAUCAUCUCCAGGAGAUGAACCGUGCAACACUGUGAAACAAAUGGAUAGUUCGCCAAAAGUGGGCAGGCAGAACGGACAUUGUGAAAGAUGGGAGGAACAUGAGCAGCGCGAUGAAGAAAUGAGUGCCCCGUUUUUUUUGCAAAGUAGAGGAGCGACAGGGCUUCCCUUCGAUACGGACACAUCUGUCCCAAAUGAAGCAAGACAUUUUUGUUACAAAAGUGGAGACGCACAGGAAGGGUCUUCUCAGUCUACUGCGUCCGCCGCGGCUCCACUCCACCCGUGCAUUUACUACACAUUCGAUAAGGACGCGUUUGAGAAGUUUUCCAAAGAGGUGUACGCAGCGAUUCCGCUUUUGCCUCAACGGUUCAAGCCAAAAUGGAGAAGUGUGUUAAAAAAAUAUGAAGAAGUAAUGCUGCCAAGUUUUUCCCGUAAAAAGUACCUCCUAAAGGGGCUCUUCCUGGUCAGGAAAAAGUUAAGCCCACUGGAAAAACAGUUCAUUGUAGAGUUACUAAGGAAUGACCUUAUUAAAAUUAUUUUGUCUUGUGUGGACAUUUCUUCGGACGGUAUUGGGGUGAACACCGUGUUUGUGGAGGAUGUGCAGGUGUACGUAAAGGAUAAACUUCCUCACUACAAUCGGCUUCUUAACCUGAUAAAUCGCCUGCACGUGGAGGUUUUCCACCCCUGCGGUGGGAGCAGCGUUCUGGGGAGUAGCCCUAUGGGAAACCACCUUCUGGGGAAUCACCCUCUGGGGAGCAGUCUUUUGGGGAACCGCCCUCUGGGGAAGAGCUCCUACUGGGGAGAAGCCCCCCCAGUGGACGACGCAUACAGACUCCACUUUGUAAAAUACUUUUUGUACUUAAAUUGGGCGAAGAUAUUCAGGAAGUACACCCUGUCAAAUAAUGACCUAUUAAAUUUAUUUACAAAUUGCACGAACUGUUUUUUAAUUCCAAGGAGGUAUGAAGACAUUUCCAUUUUGUUAAAUUUGCAGAGCGGGGGGUACUUAAAUAUAUCCCAUUUGCACAAAGCGGUGCUGCGCGAUUUUUACUUCAAUCUGUACAAUGGAAGCAUCAGCAGGGGGAUCUCUUUUCUCCUGAACGGUGCAGGGGGGCGAAUGGAUGUAUCACCCUUGUUUGAUGAUCGAGUAAGGAGCCCUCAAGGGGGAGAAAAAACAAUCUAUCGCUUUUUCUCUACGCAUCGGUGUGCCAGCGAUGAUAUGGAAGAUGUCUCCCCGCAUAAUAUCAUCCAUAUGGCGAUCAAAACAGCACAAGACAUUCACAGAAUUUACAAAUAUAAAGAGACAAAUGAAACCAUUCUGCUGCACCGUUUCUUGGGCAUGUCGAAUGAGACGGCCUACUCGGUUAACUACUUCGACUUUUUGUACUUUCAUUUUUUGACAAACAAAAAUAUUGGAACAGUAAAGAAACAGCUCAUAAAUAACGUGUUCGAAUUUUACGCUGUUAAGAGGAAAGAAUAUGAGAAGGAGUUUGUCACCUCCAAUAGGGAGGACAAAAUUAAUCAUUAUCUGGAAAAGGUUCAAAGGAUAGAGAAGUAUUUCCGAGAAGAUUACGCAUAUGUGUACUAUGAUACGUUUAUAAAAUAUAACAACAUUAAGAAGAAAGUGAGAAAGAAACUGAGGAGCAUGUACAGGCAAAAGUAUACCAUGCUGCGUGAAACGAUUUGUGAAGGCGGUCAAACCAAUGUGGUCUUAACCACUGUCGACUCGGAGCACUGCAUUAUUUUGGACAUGUAUAGAAUGAAACCAUCCGUAUGGGUGGAGAAAAAAAAAAAAACAGAAAAGUGA